ACUUUGUAAUUUUCUCCAGGAAAUUCCCGGUGGUUGAAAAGCGGUGCCGCGUGGCUUGUGAGAAGGAAAACACCGAUGAUCUCAAGUAUCAUAUGUUGCCUAACGAUUCGGACUUCGGUGGUGCUUUUAGCGACCGUAAGAAGCGUAAAUGCAGGGAGGGCUCAGCUCGAGGGUUUGGUGUACGUGUGAGCCAAUCUGUUAAAGGAUCAGAUUCAUGGGUUGAUGAUCCAAUUGCUCGUCAUGUAAUAAGCUUGUACAUUAACAAAGAAGAAGGGGAGAAUAAUCUCCUGUGGCCUCUGGUCCUACAUAUUAAGGGACCAUAUUCUAUUCUUAUAUUGCCUUUGGUAGAACCUCGUCAUUUGAAGUCCUACUCAAGGAUGUGUAAUACAUCAGAAUGUGGAAAUGCUAUUGGGGCUGAUGAGAGUUUGUCUUCACUCCUCUUGGAUCUUCCAUCCAUCACAGGGGCGUUUGCUGUGGCACAAACAAUCGGGGACAUCGUAGUUGGUGAAACAACGGAGCCAGAAGUAGUUGUUGCUGCAUCUCCCUCAGUUGGUGGACUGCUCGAUACCCUCACUGGUAGCAUAGGAAUUUCCAGUAUUUCUGUAAGAGCAAAACCUGUAGCUUUACCUGUUGCAACUUCCACUAUAUCUGGGACCGCCGUGACCGGAACUGCUAUGUCUGAUGAUCCGAAGAUGGGAUCCAGGCCUUUGGAUAAGGAUGUCCUUAGGUCUUUCAUCAGCAGUGCAAUGCCCUUUGGUCCUCUCGAUCUUAGCUACUCCAAUAUUUCUGCCAUCAAGACCACAGGAUUUUCUUCAGCAGACGUGCCUCCUGCUGAUCGAAAGCAACCAGCAUGGAAGCCUUAUCUUUACAGGGGGAAGCAGCGGAUUCUAUUCACUAUUCAUGACACGGUCCAUGCUGCAAUGUAUGAUAGAGAUGAGAUCCCAGACAGCAUAACCAUUCUGGUCAGGUGA